GCUCAUCAACACAGUAGAUCUAUACUUGUAUUCAGUAUGGUUAGCGACGUUAUCAAGAAGCCGAAAUUGAAGUUUCAUCAACAACGUUGUCAUGCUACUUUUACUUGCAUUGACUGUUCAACAACUUUCCAAGGAAACAGCUGGCAACAACACAACUCAUGCAUCACCGAAGCCGAAAAAUAUCAAGGUGCCCUGUACAAAAAGAAGGGUGCCGCGGGCAAAGCUGCAGCCAAACAACCCUCAAAGCCUGCAGCACAAGCUCCAGCACCAGCAAAAGCACCCGUAUCGCUUAUAGCGGAAUUGAAGCAAAUGGAAGCUAAAAAGACGGACGAAUCCGAUAAGAAACGAACAUCUGACACUGCCGAUGAAAAACCAAAGAAAAAGUCCAAGAAGGAAAAGAAAUCGAGUGCAGAACAAAGACCGUUGACGGAAUGGAGUGACACGGAGAUGGAGAACGAUUUAGACAAAAGUUUGGCAUUGGCACUGCAAAAGGUGCUCAAAGAUGGGGUAUGUGCUUAUCUAUUUGCUUGGAUUGCCCAUGGCAACAAUAACACACAAUUAACGUUUAAAUAUGAUGGACGCUUUUUCCUUUUUUAGAAAUCGCAUACUCUUUCGAAGCUUCGACGAAGCAUAUACAAGAUGCAUGAAAAACAUCCAAAGAUGACAGCAACAAAGGACACGAAACAGGUGCUUAAAAAGCGUUUCGAUGAGGCUUUCCAAUUGCGUUUGGAGAAUGGUGUCAUUGUCUUGUCGUCAGCGACCACCGAUAAAUCUUGAAAAACGGUCCGAGCUCCAUUGUAUGUUUUUCCAGGCGGCUUGAAACAAAUAUGAGACAUCUGCUAUUGAGACAAGAGGGAAGAAACAUUGCUCCAAUUUUCAUAAGCUUUAGACCUCACGGUAUUCAUAGGAUGUCUGUAAAUGAUACUACCAUAAUUCACAUUUUGAUAAACCAUUCCUUUCAUGAUCCUGACCAUGCGGUGAUAUUUCAAAGGACAUGCAAGUAUUGGGGUGCUAAAGACAGUGUUCAGAUGAUAAAAAAAGGUGAUGACAAGUUGAUUGUAACUCUCCGUACAAACAAACGAAAGAGUAUCAG